GAGAAGGUCUACAUGUAGCCAGGAGAAAAACCUGUGGUGGUGAUUCCAGCUCUUGAUUGUCCACGCCCCUGAGGAUUUCCUGCUGUGUGAAGAGGCAUGGAAGGGACUUUGAUUUUUGUCGAGGGGUGUCCACCCCUUCAAAGAAGUUUCAAUGAUAAAGGAGCCAAGCCACAUAAGAAAUCUAAAAAGGGUGUUCUUUUUUUUGAGGUGGAGAUUCUGGAUGCCAAGACCCGGGAAAAGCUGUGCUUCCUGGACAAGGUUGAGCCCAAUGCCACCGUAAUAGAGAUAAAGAACCUCUUCACUAAGUCCCAUCCUCAAUGGUAUCCAGCCCGGCAGUCACUGCGACUGGAUCCCAAGGGGAAGUCCCUAAAGGAUGAAGACAUCCUUCAGAACUUGCCGGUGGGCACCACAGCAACGCUGUAUUUUCGAGACCUGGGAGCACAAAUCAGCUGGGUGACUGUCUUCCUCACGGAGUAUGCUGGGCCCCUGCUCAUUUACUUGCUCUUCUAUUUCCGGGUGCCCUUCAUCUACGGCCAUAAGUAUGACUUCACCUCCAGCAAGUAUUCUGUUGUACACCUGGCCUGCAUCUGCCACUCUUUCCACUACGUCAAGCGCCUCAUGGAGACCCUCUUUGUCCACAGGUUCUCCCAUGGGACAAUGCCCUUACGUAACAUCUUUAAGAACUGUACUUAUUAUUGGGGUUUUGCUGCCUGGAUGGCAUACUACAUCAAUCACCCGUUGUAUACUCCACCAGCGUAUGGACAUGAACAAGUGAAACUGGCACUUAUCAUUUUUCUGUUCUGCCAGCUGGGAAACUUCUCAAUUCAUAUUGCUCUACGGAACCUGCGCCCUGCUGGUUCUAAAGCCAGGAAGAUCCCAUUUCCUACCAAGAACCCCUUCACAUGGCUUUUCUUGCUUGUCUCCUGCCCUAAUUACACCUACGAGGUGGGAUCCUGGAUUGGCUUUGCCAUUAUGACUCAGUGCCUUCCAGUGGCUCUGUUUUCCUUGGUUGGAUUCAUCCAAAUGACAAUCUGGGCAAAGGGGAAACACCGAAGUUACCUGAAGGAGUUCCGGGAUUACCCGCCACUGCGUUCCCCCAUUGUCCCUUUCCUGCUUUGAGCUGGAAGCCACUGCCUUCUUUUGUCUGGGCCGAUAGUUCUGUUUUUGUUUUUUACCUUGUGAGCAGGUGUUAUUGGAGUCUAAAAUAAGAUUUUCUCUUUCUGUGUACACUGUAAUCUGAGGGAAGCUGUAGGGAUUUCCUUCCUUUUGUAAGUAACUGUCCCUCCCUACAUAAUCUUUGACCAUAUCCCAUUCCAAAGCCUUUCUGAGGCUGGGAGCAGCCUUCCCUACAAAGCACCCAUUAAGUCAAAAGCUACAGCGAAGGGAACGAUCCAGUGUUAAAGAGAACAAAGCAAUGACUGAGCCCGAAGUCUACAGGAGCAGGUGCCGAAAGCUAAAUCUAGGCAGCUGGAGCCUGGCCUAAACGGAAUACUUUUUGCUCCACAUAAUGCUUAGGAGAGCACGUCUCUUCAGCUCUAUGGUUCAUCAAUAUAAUUUAGGAGUUAAGUCUCCUAGCUCAGCUUUGUGCAUUCUCCUUGACUAAGUGAGCCCUCAAGUGCCAAAUACUGGCAUAGCAUAAAUCUUCUGUGCUCUUUCUGGGAUGCUUCCCCAUUCUAAAAGCUAGUAGUACCUUUCUGAAGGGCAUGGGACCGAUGCAGGUGCGGCUGUCUUCAUCUCUUAACACACCCUCAGGCCCUUGCUCAAAAAAUAAGUGCCAGUUCCUGGAGGCUGAUAAGUAUGCUCUGAACAGCCAAAUUAAGUGUACUCUUAUUUUCCAAUGCAGAGAGGAUUAUGUUAAUUCUAGACACACAGGGCAGGUAGCAAGGUGCUAUAGGGAAGUGUUUGCAGAAACUGCUGCUAUAGAAGCCAAGAGGGCAGAUAAGGUGUGACUGGGGAGCAGCUGUAGCACUUCAAUACCAUCUACAGUGCAAGCCAGCACCUCCUUCCUCACCCAGUAUGCUAAGCAUGAACUGUUUGGGAUGGUAGGUUUCACCUUGAAUAGCUGGCAGAGCCUUGAAGUGAGGGUAUGAAAAACAAGGCUGCUACUUGUUUUGUUCAGUCAUGCUACAAUUUUUUUCUCGACUUUAGGCCCACUCCUGUUUGUUUUGUGUAAGUGGUAUCAGAGCUGCUUUUGGAACCUUCAGCUGCACUGAAGUUAUUUGGUGAUGGGAAAUACUUUUGAUAGCUUGUAGCUAUUUGUAGUCCCUAAAGAAGGAAGGAAAGGCUUGUAAUCUUACUUUGGGGAAAAUUCAACGUUAGAAAUUUUGACAGCCUCCCUGAGAGGAACUUACUUCUCCUUUCCUGUUUAGUCUUAAUGUCACUAAGGUUGCAAUUCUACGUACACUUAUUUGGAAGUGCGCCCCAUUUAACUCAGUGGAACUUACUUCCAAGUAAACAUGCCUAGGAUCAGGUUGAAAGUUUGCAAUAGUCUUAGUUUAUGCUGCAUGUGAGCAGUGAGAUACUGGAAACCUGCUAGGUUCCAUGGCAGCUGUUAAAAAAGAGCCACUGACUUGUUAUGGUCUGUUUCAUAUGGAACUAUCUUCCUUCUUGGAUUUACACAAAUAAAACUAAUAAAUCCCCUGGA